GCGAGGGGAACCGGGGCCGCCGUGAGCCGCCUUGCACCUCCGUGAGGGGGAGCGGCCCCUCUGUGAGGGGAACCGGGAACGAGCCCCCCCCCGGCCCCUUCGUGAGGGGAUCCGGCAGUGAGCCCAGUCCGGAGUUAUCUCCGUGAAGGGAACCGAAGCGAGGCUUGCAAAAUGUGGAUGUUUUUAACAGCGUGCAUUAAAGGAAAAUACAGGUACAGGCUGUCUGGGAUAGUGGUGAAGUCACCAUCCCUGGAAGUGUUCAAAAAAGUUGUGGAUGUGGCACUUGGGGACAUGGUAUAGUGGUGACCUUGGCAGUGCUGCAUUAAUGAAUAAUAAAAGGGCUUUCCCAACCUUUAUAAUUCUGACCCUAUAAAACGUGAGAAGGAAAGGAGGAGAGGCAAUCAAAUUUCCAUCAUUUGGUGUUAAAUUUUAAAGAAGGAAAACACUACUAACACUUUUCAGUUAAUUCCCCAUAUCUGAAGGCAUGAAAAAGCAGGGUCCGCUGGGUCUACCUGCAGCUGAAGGGCACUAAUGAGCAGCUUAUUUGGCUAAAUCCUGUAACCCGAGUCUUCGUGGUGCACACAGGAGACGGGUGAAUGCUGCUGGAUAAGAGCCUCCAGCAGCCAGACUAAAGAUUUGAUGAAAUGCUCCUAUUAUGAUACUUUGCAGCCUGUAGAAGUUGGUUACCUGAUCCUCUGCUGUACCUGAGCCUCAUUGUUGCAGCUUUUAAUAACUGAAUAUCCAGACGACCUGUAAAGGUGUCUUUGAGGAAAGAACUGACAAGAGUCAGUAUUCCCAGCUCAAAAUGGGCAACAAGCAAACCAUUUUCACUCAAGAGCAACUGGAUGCAUAUCAGGACUGCACAUUUUUCACAAGGAAAGAAAUUCUGAGGCUGUUCCACAGGUACCGAGACCUGGCCCCGCAGCUCGUUCCCCUUGACUACACGGACAAACCAGCCGUGACACUCCCCUACGAGCUCAUCGGCAGCAUGCCAGAGCUCAAGGACAAUCCAUUCCGCCAGCGGAUAGCAGAGGUGUUCUCAGAGCACGGCGACGGCAACAUGACUUUGGAUGAUUUUUUGGACAUGUUUUCUGUGCUAAGUGAAAUGGCUCCCCGAGACUUGAAAGCUUAUUAUGCUUUUAAAAUUUAUGACUUCAACAAUGAUGAUUACAUAUGCAAAUCAGACCUAGAGAAAACUGUUAACAAAUUAACCCGAAAUGAACUGACCCCAGAAGAAAUCAGCCUUGUGUGUGAGAAGGUGAUUUACGAGGCUGAUGUGGACAAUGAUGGCAAGCUGUCCUUAGCAGACUUUCAGCAUAUGAUUGUACGAGCUCCAGAUUUCCUCAGCACCUUUCAUAUUCGAAUCUGAAUCUAGUCAACCACAGGGAUGGGAGUGCUUCUGGGACUUUCAACAACUAUUACUUCACCUCAGAUUACUAGCCACGAGAGCACAAGAUGAGAGGGGAAAAGAGGACAACUUCUGGUAACUGAACCACUCAGAAAACUGUCUUUCAUUUAUCUCUUUAAAAGGAACAAUUCAUUAAGCUCUUCAUCAGGAUUUCCCAGUAAUUUAGCAAAAUGUCUACUCCCCACCCUCAGCUAGAGCAAACCUGGCCUGGACAGUCAGAAGGGAAGUAUUUUUUUUAAGUUCAGAUACCACCAGGAAGUAAAGAAACUCGAAUCAAACUAUAACCUCUAAAAAUUCACCCAAAAAUGCCUUAACCAGUAAAAAAAUCCCUUUAGUUUCAAACACCUAAGUAACUCAAAUGCCUUAACCAGUAAAAAAAUCCCUUUAGUUUCAAACACCUAAGUAACUCCUCUGAUUAUUUAUGGUCUUAAUAAUGCUCUAAUGAAUCAAUUCCUGAAGUAUUCUCCCAUAGUGCAGGAUUUACAAUGAAAAAGUCAGCAUAGUUUCGAAAGAAAAGAGUCUACCCCAGUUCCUGUCCCUCUUGUCCAUUUUCAGAAAUCCCCUAUUUUCCACACCCACCAGGGUCCCUAUGCACAAAUGAUGAACAGGACUGAAAACUUAAGUUUGUAAAAUUCUCUUUUCAUAAGAAGUUUAUUUAUGCAGUGCUUAGGGUCCUGUACAAGAGAGUAAAAACAGACAUACUGUAAUAAACUACGGUUUUGUUUUAAUACAAACAUGAAAAUCAAUGAGAAAUGUUUAAGAAAGCAGUUGUAAUGUGGGAAGGGUGGCAGCCAAAAGUGAUCAUUCAAAAAUACAAUUUACAGUUAUUUUUACAAAUGUCGGGAUGUGUUAAAUUCCCUUCAAACAAAGUCCUAAGUCCCAACUCGCACUCACAGAUGAUUCCUGCAGAAAGGCUGGAGAGACCAGUUAACCAGCCAGUUACCUUUAUUAACCACAGAAACUCCAGGGAUCAGUGAAGGAUGGGUCAGGGAAUAAGGCAGCCAGGAACACUCAGACUGCAGUUACCUUUGAACAGAUCUUUAGUUAAGCUACAAUUGAAGACACAUGUUAGUCAUCAUUCUUCCCCAAGCCCUACAACUUCUGCAAGUACAAAGGAGCCCAUGCUCACACAGCUGUUUGUGCAUUCCCCUGGCAAGUCCAAGAGAACAAGAAAUCAGGGCAGUUUUGAGCAUGAUCUUCAACCAAA